AUGAAUCCGAAGUGUUGGGCAAUACUAUCAUUAUGCGAGGUACCCGAAUUAUCGCUGGAGAUCAGGGUGUCGUAUGAGGUCGAUCGAAUGCUAGGCAAUGGGGAAGUCGUUGCAAAAUUCGAAACAUCGUGGGAUGAGCUACUCGAUCGCGGAGAUGAGCCUUUCGACAUUUCCUUCCCGCUCGUUUGCGAUAUGCACCCAUCCCUUACGCUGAAGGCUGCUGUUAUACGUCCUUGCGACAAACAGGACAGCACAGUGCUUGAUUCCGUCGUUGAAAGUGAGGUUGCUCGAGAGACGGAUGCGGGCCAUGAACGAUUUGCCACAUACGUGACAAGCAAGACGGUCUUUCACCUGAACGAUGCCGUACAGCAUUUUCAGUUGGUCCUGGACCAAUGUCCGGUCGACCAUCCUGACCGUGCAGCAGCUCUCACCAACCUGGCGUGUACCCACCUCAGAGGCUACAUUCGAAAGGAUCUUCAAGACAUCGACUCUAUCAUUUCUCUCUUCCGCGAAGCCCUUGCAUUGCCGUUGAACUGGUGCUACAGCAAGGAUACUACUGCCGCCUAUAUCCAUGAAUCCGCGCAACUGUGCUGCAAGCUAUUGCCACUCUGUCCAGAGGGCACCUACCUUCGUAGCGUUGCGGCAGAUGGUGUUGAUUAUGCGAUCCGCAAAUGCAACAAACUCCCAAUAGACGCAUCCGAUGAAGGCAUUCACAUUCGACGUGUCGUACUCGAGCUCUGUCCUCUGGGCAAUGAGCACCGUCCAAAAGCACUGGAAAAUUUUGCAUGGGCUCUCAGCGAGUUUGCAACGGCUCUUGGCUCACGCUUUGAACAACGCGGCAGCAUUGAUGAUCUAGACGAGUGCAUACAAUGUUGUCGUGAAGCUGGCAUUCUCAUCGCGAUACCUACCUGGUUCACUUGGCCCACUCACUCCUGUCUCGCUUCCUCCACUCAUGAACUCAACGAAGCCAUCUCUUUGUACGAAGAAGCGCUAUGCCUGCGUCCUGUUGGGCACGAAUCUCGUGAUUACUCAUUGAGCCACCUAGGACGAGCCCUCCUCUCCCGUUUCACUCAAUGUGGUGAUGUUAACGACAUCAUCAGAGCCAUCAGCUUCCAGCGCGAGGCACUGACGUUGUGCCCACCUUGGAAUCCAAAUCGUGACUGGGUACUUAACCAGCUGGCCAUCGCACUCAAUUCCAGAUAUAACAAAUUGGAUGUCAGCGAAGGUCUCGACGAGUCCAUUGAUCUGUUGCGCGAUUCACUUCAGUUAAGGCAGCAUGGCCAUCCACUUCACCAUCAAGCUCUUAUCAAUUUGAGCUCAGCACUCAGUUCUCGUUUCACGCAAACUCAGAAGGAUGAAGAUGUCGAGAAGGCCAUUCGACUGUGCCACGAAUCAUUGGAGACUUUCCCUUCACUGGACCCCCGUAGAUUUUUCGACUAUCGGCGGUUGCAGGAAGCCUAUUUGUCUCGUUACAGAGUGCAACACAUGUUUGCUGAUUUGUCGCUCGCUGUAGAGAACUUCAGACUGGCAUCACAACAUCCCACGCAAGGCUUUCGAAACCGCAUUCAGACAGCCUGGCUCUGGAUCGUCGCAGCAGAGCGCGGUCACCCAUCUGCGUUGGAGGCUUACACAACAUUUUUCGACCUUCUCGAGCGUCACCUGGCAUCGCGGUCGUCAGCAAUUUCACGGCGUGAGGCUGCAGCUGUUUUUUGUGGCGCCCAAUCACUGCCAGUAGAUGCUGCAUCACAUGCCAUACAUUGUGAUGAUUUGCGACGAGCGGUUGAACUCCUGGAGCAGGGUCGUGGUCAACAGUGGUCGCUGGCCUCGCGGCUCAGGACUCCGCUGGAAGAUCUCCAGUCCACGAAUCCCAACCUAGCUCACAAGUUCUCGGAGCUGAGCAAGUGUCUGUCCGAGGUUCAAGGUCCCGCAGUCAGCACAGACAGAGUUGCUGCUGACCGGGCAGAAACACAGUACAGGAAACUUACCGAGCAGUGGGGAGCAGUAGUAGCUGAAAUCCGUGAUCUUAAAGGUUUCUCGAGGUCCUUGCUCCCGCCUUCGUAUGAAGACUUGCAAGCGACAGCGCGUCAUGGCCCAGUCAUCAUCCUCGUUGCGAGUCAAUACUCGUGCAGCGCCAUCGUUGUCCCGACGUCAGGAGACCCCCAUAAUAUUCCCUUGCCGUCCAUCACUCUCAAAGAUCUGCAGAGUCUUAAGGAUCGCUUCGCCAGGGCAAUACGAGAAUCAUCUCGGAUGAAACCAAAGGAGUCGAGGACGGAUCUCAUAGUACUCUUGCGGACAAUAUGGGAAGAGAUCAUGCUACCCAUUGUACACGUACUCGAGCAUGUCCUUGAGCUCAAGCGCCAAUCUCGAAUCUGGCUGUGUCCGACUGCAGCUUUCACGUCCAUUCCUCUCCACGCAGCUCAUCCGUUUCAAACAAAGGCAGAUCGCUCGAAGGAGCCAUGCCUGGAGGAUCUCUACAUUUGUUCUUACACGCCGACACUUUCGGCUUUGAUCAGAUCUAGGCAGAUGAUGAAGAAACGUGUCCCUCCAUCUUUCAUAGCGAUCGGACAGGGUCAACUGCGUGCAGGGAAAAGCAAGGAGCCCUUGGCCGUCGACAGCGAGAUCGAGCUUGUCCGAAAGCUCGUUCCUGCGACGGUCAACCGUACCACCAUUUCUGGUGACGCGGCCACACGAGCGGGUGCACUCCAAGCAUUGCAAGACAACAACUGGGUACACCUUGCGUGCCAUGGAAAGCAGGACCGCGAGCAGCCUUACAAUUCUCAUUUCGUCAUGAAAGAUGAACCUAUCACGCUACUUGAUAUCAUGGAGAAAGACAUUCCUCACGCCGAGUUCGCGUUCUUGUCAGCAUGUCACACCGCUGUCAAAGCUUUCUACGAGAAUAUAUUCAAGGAUUUGGAGGACGGUGGUGUGAUGGACUGUACGAAGGCGGCCUGGGCACUCAAUCGUGCUACGCACGUGGUGAAGACGAAGGUUCCGCUCGAGCAGAGAAUGGUUUUUAUUCAUGUUGUUUUACGAGUCGUUGAUCAUGUAUUCUCUACCCUCCCUGUGUACAUCAAGCUGUUUCAUCUUGAUCUCGCACAUACCUCUCAUGCAAGUUAUUCUACUUUAGCAAAGUCAUUAGUCCACACGAUACCUUCCAACUAUUCUUCAAAUCCUUCUGCACCUCAGCGCAACCUCAUUCGGUGCAACAAUGUGCGUGAUCUUUCAACGAAAAGCAAGGUGGAUGGUGAGACAUUGGAUACCAACUCGGAGGGCUCGUACAGUUCUGCCAACCAACAACAGGGAUAUUCAUCAACAAGUGGAGACUGUGCGCUGCUCACGAGUUAUACUGCCUUGCAACCGUGGGUUUGUGAUGGUGAUACUUUGAAUACUGGUACUGGGAGUUGGCAUGCUGGCAAACGCCGCAAUAGGCCGCAUCAGGAGACAGGAAGGGACUGUAAGACGUAUCAAGGGGAGAUCAGUGGACAGAGAAAAAUCUCUGGUGAGAAACGAAUGCAGUCCUCAGCAAGCACGGGGAAGUUCCGCAAUCAGAAUCUCGAAUCUCGAUUUCUCUGGUUCAAAAUAGGAGACAGUAACAGCGCCGCAAAAUCCGGUGAGCUUCGCGAGAUUCCAGAUGGGCCAGAUACCCCCGCGGAACUUAAACUCCAGGUACUGCGCCGCUAG